AUUACUAUUGUAUUUCAUUAUUUGUCUUUUCACAGCUCUUACGGUGUGUUCACUGCUGUUUCACAUUUUCAGUUGCCGCUUCCUCGGGAAAUUAUUAUUCUGAAAAUACGCCGGAAGCAGCAUUGUAGCCUUUGUUAGCUUGACGCUUGACUGUGAAACACUGUGCGCCUCUGUGUGUCUGAUCCCAGGCAGGGAGGUGUUUUCUUGACUGACAGAGAGGCUGACGCGUGUUCUUGCUUCUCCAGCUCACAAACAACAAACAAAUAAACAACCAAACAAACUUGGAUGUUUUCUUUUCUUUCCAUCAGUGGUUUGUUUUCUCCGGACCAGAUGUUGUGAGGACUCACUCCCUCACUCUCAUGUGCUCAGUGCUGAUGCUGCUGCAGCGACUGCUCCGGGGCUCAAGUUGAAGUCUCGCUCUUCUUGAAGGCGUGAGCUCCAAAUGCAUUCGCUCCUGGGACGGGAAAAGAAAGAAGAAGAAGCCGGGUUCGGCAUCGAUCUGGGUCUGUCUGCGGGCUUCCUGCCCCUGCACGGUGCUGCCACCAUGUUCAGCUGCGUGGGCUGCUUCUGGGUGCUGCUCUCCUCCGCUCUGGUCGCCGUCUGCAGUUUCAGCUUCAUAUCUCCUGCCUGGAUUGUCAAGGACCAGCUGAGGAACCAUCUCCACCAUCAGCAGCAGCCCCAGCACCUCAACAACAAGGACUCUGUGAGCUUCGGCUUGCUGUGGCACUGCUCCGAGUCUCUGGAUCACAUGUACCGGUGCUACACCUUCGGAGGACUGGGCAAAUUCUCAGAGAUUCCCUCCAGCUCCUGGCAGACCAGUGCAGUGCUUUGUUCAGGCGGCUGUGCUCUGCUGGCUGUCAGCUCCCUGUUGGCCAUCAUCACCAUCUUCCUGCCCAGUGGAGGAUGUGAGAGGAGGAUCUGCACUCUGGCUGGUUACAUGCAGAUGGCUUCAGUGUUCAUCAUGGCCGCCGGUUUGCUGGUUUACCCCUUCGGACUGAACUCGUCACUGGUCAGGUCCUUCUGCGGGAACUCGGACAUCUACUACGCCGGCGAGUGCCAGAUCGGCUGGGGCUACAUGUUGGCCAUCGUCGGAGUCAUGCUCACCGUCUUCUUGCCCUUUUUCGCCAAAUAUGCACCGAAGGAGCAGCUGUCCCCCACACCUCUGCCCACGCUCUUAUAGGGCACUGAGCUGACCUGGACUUGAUGUCAUGGAGAAGAAAAAAAAAAACAUGCUGCAUUUUGAUGCUUCUGGGAAGCCUGACUCAGUGAAAACUGAAGCUGACGCUCAACAACAAACUUGUCUUCCUACAUCCUUAUGUAAUUAAUUCAAAGUCAGUUGUUUUACAUGGAAUGUUUUUACGUUACAUUACAAAAAAAAAAAUUCAACUCUCCGGUGAUUAGUUUUACACUCAAGUUGAUAGGUUUUUCCACAGUUUGACUUCUCUGUUUUCGAGUAUUAACCCUGUUUGAUGUGAUUUCAGAAUAUUUUUUCUUUCCCUCCAUUUUGGAAACAAAUCAACAUUCGGUUUGCAACAUUCCAAAACUGGGAAUUGUCUGCAUAAAGACAGAGAUGAGAUUAUACGGGGAGCGUUAAUCAACCGAUGAAGAGGCGUUCCGGCAAGAGCUUAUGACUCGAAGAGCGACACUUUUUAUGUGGGACUGUAAAUAUAGUCUUGAUUUAACAGAGCUAAUGUUUGAGGUGUGAAAAAAAACAAAACAACCGAAGUGUGUAAAGAGAUCACCGAUGUUUUCUGCAGACUUUUUUUCUGCCUCCGUGAUCAGGCAGCGUGAGAUCAGAGGACAGGGCUUUCAAUACCUGUCACCAAGAAACGGACCACACACAGCGUCAGACCUGCCGAGGAGGACCAACGCAAGUCUCUUCUCAUUAUGACAAAAGUGAAUUAUAAUAAUACAAAUAACAUGUAGUGGUUUCAGAGCAGUGUUGUGUUGGGAUACUACAUCCUUUUACUUUAUCUCCCCCCAGAAUGGUUUGUGUAAUGUAACUUGCUUGUUAUAUUGUUCUAUAUAUUUUUUUUGCCUGCAACACACAAUACUAAACACUAAUUCAGGAAAAAAAAAUGCAAAAGGCAGGGAGAUGUAGGGAAUUUUGUCAAACAUGAUGCAUGGAAAGAUGGGCUUUGUUAAUAGAAGAACAAUUGAUCUAGAUUUUAAAUGUGAUCGGACCAACUUGUGCCUUUUAACAUAACUAAGACAACAGUGUUGACAACAUACAACGAUCAGGUUAUCAUCUCUUUCUGCUGAAAAAUCUUGCUGUGUGAAGUGACUGAUUAGUUUUUUCUUUGCUCCUGUAUUUUUCCUUCUCAGAGGUCAAGUAUUGCACGUGUGCUUAAUGAAGUAUGAUCUCAUUAACUUGAGAAAGUAAUCCGGCUGCGGGGCUUCUAAUCCUUGGAGGGAAAAGCAGAGAAUGAAACAAAUGGAAAGCAGUGCACUUAUGUUCAAAUAAUGCCCUGAGACAUUUCGUUCCAAGUAUCUGAAAGGGUUAAAUCAUUUAACUCAUUAAUUCCUGGCAUUAUUUUGUCUAGUUUGUGAUCGAGUGGUGGAGGACAUGGCUGAACUAACUGAACCUGAGGUGACACAUUAUGUGUUGUCAUCAAAACGUGUUUUUUUUUUUUUAUAUCAACCCACUCCUCCCUUUGAAGCAAUUGGUUCAAUUUCCGUCGUGUUCCAAGGACAAAAUGUCUAUAUCUCCACUUCCUGCUCCUGUACACUGCCAAUUUAAUCAAACUGGACUCCUUUUUCUAGUGUGUGUUUAUGUGCGCGUUUGUGUUUAGAGUCUGAUAAUGGUUUAAACUUUUAUCUAUCCAUAUAAUUUGGGUUCCCAUAAUGACACAUCCUGUCAUGUAGAAGAUAAACUUGUGUGAUUGAUUGCUCUAUUUUUGAAAGGUCAGGAGCGAAACAUUGGUAACACUGGUGUUGGACCUCAUACUGUGCUUGGCUGAGGAAAUGAUCGGCAUGACUGCACUGGACAUCUUUCCCUUUAUUUGUUCGACCAUUGUGUGUAAAGUCUCGGCACUGGUGAAGCUGUUCUGGUAGAUUCUUGUUGUGAUGUUUGACUGUAAAUAAACUAACUGUACUUGGAUAUCA